AUUGAUUUUUUGUGAAUUAUUUUUUUAAUAUUAGAGUUAUCUUUUAAUCUGUAUUUUUAUUGAUUUUGUAUUAAUUUAUGGAUUUAUUUAAUUUCAACAACAAAUCACUUAUUAUGUGUAAUAUUCCGAUAAUAUUCCUACGAAUUUCAAAUAUUGAAUUUUUGUAUCAAUAAACCAAACCACAAGAGAUUAUCUCAAGAUGACGGUCAACAUCGCCGGUGUCUUAUCAGUGAUACUAUUUUAUAUAGUGAUCCUCGUUGUGGGCAUUUGGGCGGGACGUAAGAAGAAGUCGGAGGGAGAGGGCGAUGAGUUUGAAACGGAAGAAGUGAUGUUAGCAGGCAGAAAUAUUGGCAUGUUUGUCGGCAUUUUCACUAUGACUCCACAUGGGUUGGCGGCGGAUAUAUCAAUGGGACGGCAGAAAUCAUAUAUAGUUCGGGCAUAAU